AUGCGCUAUGAGCAAUGGGUCAAGUCGGAGGAAUGGACGUUCGUAAUCACGGCAAGUCUUCUACUCGUCCAUGCUCUGAGCUACCUAGCGACGCACUGGUCUGUGCGUGCGAAGGCACUGUUCACCUCGACGUCCGUGUCGGCGAUCGACAUGGCCGACUAUGUGCGGGUGCUGCCUCAUGCACACAAGGGCGAGGGAGAGAUGCUCCCGCUGCGCUGUGUUAAGCGCGACCGAUCGUUGAACAAAGAUGAGCAUGAACGGGACGAGUACUCGUUCGUGUACCAGGCUGAUAAGUACGUACUGGCGUUUCCCGACUCGACGGCGCCGUCAACAACCAUCACAGCGUCGCCGGAUGUGCGUGAACGAACGUUCCGUCGAGUUUUGUACCCCGCUGAUGCGCACAUGCAGCUCCAGCAUGUGCAGACAUCACAAGGUCUGCGUGGCGAAGCGCUUGCCCGCGCGCAGCGCAUCUACGGUGGCAAUGUGCUGGAUAUCCCUGUACCGCGGUUCUUGGAUCUGUUCAUUGAGCAUGCGGUCGCGCCAUUCUUCGUAUUCCAGGUGUUCUGCGUCGGGCUGUGGCUUCUCGAUGAGUACUGGUACUCGUCGCUGUUCUCCCUCUUUGGUCUUGUCGCGUUCGAGUGCACAGUCGUGUUCCAGCGCCUGCGCACGCUGAAUGAGUUUCGCACCAUGUCGAUUCAGCCAUAUGAUCUGCAUGUAUUCCGUGAGGGCAAGUGGACUGUCCUGUCGUCGUCGGAGCUGCUGCCUGGCGACCUCGUGAGCGUCACGCGCACGAAGGCGGAAUCAGCACUGCCGUGUGAUCUCGUCAUGGCCUCAGGCUCGGCGAUCGUCAAUGAAGCUAUGCUGUCCGGAGAGAGCACGCCGUUACUUAAGGAAGGCAUUGCGCUUCGCAAUGGCACCGACACGCUCGACGAUCAAGGUGCUGACAGGCUGCACUGCCUCUUUGGCGGCACCAAGGCACUUCAGGUGACGCCUGGUGACAGUAUUCCGGGCGUGCCGAGGCCGCCCGAUGAUGGUGCACUGGCUGUUGUUUUGCGCACGGGCUUCGGCACGACGCAGGGCCGCCUGAUUCGCUUGAUGGUGUUUACGAACGAGAACCGUGUGUCGGCGAACAACUGGGAGAGCUUUGUCUUUAUUGCAUUCUUGCUUGUGUUUGCGAUUGCUGCGAGUGCGUAUGUGUGGCUGAAUGGACUCAAGAUGGGGCAGCCGAAAGGCAAGCUAAUGCUCCACUGUGUGCUGAUCAUCACGUCUGUCGUACCGCCUGAGCUGCCGAUGGAGUUGUCGAUGGCUGUGAAUGCGUCACUCGUGGCCCUAUCGAAGCUGGCAAUCUUCUGCACGGAACCAUUCCGAAUCCCGUAUGCGGGACGUGUGGACGUCUGCUGCUUCGACAAGACAGGCACCAUCACCGGCGAGGACCUCGAGGUCCAGGGCAUUGUGGGCACUGAGGCACAUGGCACGUCGGAUGCGCUGAACGAUGAACUUGUCGACCUAAAGCACGCCUCGAUGUCUAGCAAGCUUGUGCUUGCUGCGGCACAUGCACUGGUUAUUGUGGACGACGAAAUCGUCGGCGAUCCCAUGGAGCGCCGUGCCCUCGAUGCCAUGGGCUGGACCGUUAAGCCUGGCGACCAAAUUCGCUCGCUGACGGAUCCGAAGGAGCCGGGCGUGACGAUCCGCACCCGCUUCCAUUUCUCGUCAGCAUUAAAGCGCAUGUCGACCGUCAGCCACGUCCAGUCGCAUCCAAAUCAGCUUCUUGCGGCAACCAAGGGCGCGCCUGAAGUACUAAAGCCCAUGUUCACUGCGCUGCCGUCCAACUACGACCAAGUCUACCGACACUACACGCGGCACGGAAGCCGUGUGAUCGCUCUCGGCUACCGCUGGCUCGAUGCCAACGAGGCUCGUUCCAUCAAGCGCGAGCAGGUGGAGUGUGGUUUGCAGUUUGCUGGCUUUCUUGUACUGCACUGCCCUCUUAAGCCGGACGCUAUCGAGUCGCUGAAGCAGCUGAAUGAAUCGUCGCAUCGCUGUGUCAUGAUCACGGGAGAUAAUGCGCUCACGGCCGUGCAUGUCGCUGAGGAAGUCGAGAUUGUCUUGCGUGAACCGAUCGUGCUCGACAAGCGCGAGGGUAGCCAAGACGACAACGACCUUGUGUGGCGCACGACUGAUGACGCGAUUGUGCGCGAGCAGAAUAUCGGAGAAGAGCUGCACCGCCACCUGUUCGACGAGUACGACGUGUGCAUGACGGGUGUCGCUUUGCGGCAGUUUGAGGCGCAGCCAGCGAAGCUGCGUGAACUGGUCGCAAACACGGUUGUAUAUGCACGCGUGUCGCCGAACCAGAAGGAGCUCAUCCUUAGCACGCUCCGCUCGCUGGGCUACAUCACGCUUAUGGCGGGUGACGGUACGAACGACGUCGGCGCACUCAAGACGGCCAACAUUGGCGUCGCACUGCUCGACGGCACAGAAGACGAUCUGCAGAAGAUUGCCGAGCACCAGCGUCUUGAGCGCAUGAAGAAAAUGUACGAGUCGCAGCUGAACAUGAUGGCACGGUGGAACCAUCCUCCGCCGCCUGUGCCACCAGCACUCAAGACGGCGUUCCCACAGCUAGAAGAAGCACGCGAAAAGGCCGCACGCAAAAUGCGCUCGCAGCGUGCAUCGAAUCCUAUGGCUCAGUUCGAUUUAUCCGCUAUUACGUCGUCGAUGGAGCAGCUGGACGACCAAGAAGGUCCGCCGCAGAUCCGUCUUGGCGAUGCCAGCGUCGCAGCACCGUUCACCAGCAAGCUGGCCAACGUGAAAGCGGUUUGCUCGAUUAUCCGGCAGGGUCGAUGCACACUCGUUGCGACAAUCCAAAUGUACAAGAUUCUCGCGCUGAACUGCUUGAUUCAAGCCUAUGCACUGAGUGUACAGCACCUGGUCGGGAUCAAAAGUAGCGAUUACCAGCUGACCGUGAGUGCCCUUCUCAUUUCUGUGUGCUUCUACUGCAUCAGCCGCGGCAAGCCCAUUGAGCGUCUGGCGCCUGAGCGGCCCGUUAGUACGAUCAUUAACGUCUACGUCUUUGGCUCCAUCCUCUCGCAGACGGCAUUGCACGUCGCUGCGAUGAUGUACAUCCAGAACCUGUCUGCCUCAUUCGAGCAGUUGGGUGAAGUCGAUCUCGAUGCCAAGUAUACGCCCACAUUACUGAACUCUGGCGUGUAUCUUCUCAGUAUGUCACAGAUCGUAUCGACAUUCGCUGUCAACUACAUUGGACGGCCAUGGCGUGAGAGUAUCCCGGAGAAUAAGGCUUUGUACUAUGGUUUGCUGGGUGCAAGUGCUAUCGCUUACUUGGGUGCUUUGGAACUGUUGCCUGAAUUGAACGAGUGGCUCCAGCUUGCCAAAAUGUCGACCGAGUACCAAAGCUGGCUCGUGACAGUAAUGGUUCUUGACUUUGUCGGCUCGUACGCGCUUGAAGCAUUCUGGGGUCUCUUUGCCGAUGUGCAGCCGAAGCCACUCAUCCUGCAAGGUCAAAAGCUCCGUGCUAAUCGACAAAAAGCGUCUUUGACGGAAAAGAAGCGCGCGUAA